UUUCCUAUACUGUCUCUGCCUCUUAUCAGUGAAAGUGUUGUAUGUAUAGAUAAGUUAUCAUGUAUUUUAACUCAAAUUUUCCAUAUGUGAAUGACUCCAAGCACAAACACCGGGGCUUUUUAAUUGAAAGAACGUCAUUCACUUCACUAAUACAUUCGCACAACCACCAUAAACACUCUCUAUUUUGUUAAGACCGAAAAAUUGAGUACAGAACACUGUUGUGGAAAAGAGCUUUUAUCUGAUAACACCUAAAAUAAUAAGCACUGGCUAGUUAUUGUUGUUGUUGUUGCCAAUUACCAAGUUAUUCAUCGCUUCAACGCUCAAUUGCCAAGGGCUGUAGCGAAAUUAUAACCACAAGCAAACGUUGAAUCAGUUCGAAACGAAACUCGCCGGAGAGUGAAAGAUAAAAAUCGAAAAAACUUAACGAAACGAAAUAGUAUAAAUUAAACUAAAUUGAAUUGGCUCUCAAACCAAAUAUUUUCGUUAAUUACCACAUUGACACUUUAAUUCUUAUCUGAAUCAAUACCAAUAAUCAAUUGAAGUGCGUAUUAAAAAGAGGCAACAAUCGACCAUAUUGAAUUGAGCUAAGGCCAAAUGGAAAAAUCAACACAGUCAUCAGUCGGAGCGAAUACCUAUCGCAAUACCGCUGUUGGAUCGGGAACCAGAACAAGCAGUGGCGUCGUUGUCUACGAUACAACACCAGGCAUGAAUCAAAAUCAACCACCACCACCCACUUACGAUCAGGCGACUGGCGUGGGGGGCACAACGACCACAGUUCACAAUGUUACCUUUACGAACACAUCCUCGCAAUGGGCGGCCCCCCAAGGAGCACCGAUACAGCCGGCGACCCAGUAUGUAGCCUAUGCCACACCGGCCUCUUCAUCAACCACCACCUAUUCCUAUGCUCCGGUUAAUCCUACUCCUCAACCAGCCGCCACAUUGCAUAUACAUCAACAGCAACCUGGUAGAGGGCAGCCACCAGUAGUGAUAAUACAACAACCCAUGCUGCCCUUGGGCCCUGAGCCCGUCUAUCUAACCUGCCCAGCUUGUCAUGUUCAAAAACUAACGCGCAUCGAAUUUGAACCUAGUUCACGAACUCAUUUAAUGGCUGCCUUGUUGUGUUUAUUUGGACUUUGGUGCUGCGUCUGUCUACCGUACUGCGCUGGAAGUUGCAUGAAUACACAACAUUACUGCGGCAAUUGUGGAAAGUUCUUGGGUACCUAUGGCAACAGUUUAUAGAGUGGCCAUUGUCAUACCCACGGCCAGAUGAGAAAAAUAACUAUUUGUAUAUAAUAAACGUACAUUCGCCUUUAUGAAAUUUUUUAAUUAUUGUAUAUAAAAAAGUA